UUGACAAAAUUUCAAGUUAUUAAAUUAUCUUCAGGCAUGGCUUCAAAGCAACUUAUUCGGCCGACAAUGAACAAAAAGAGCAGUCUGCAACAACACCCAAAAAAUGGGAAUGGUCACAGAACUCUGAUCUGCAACAAUGGGCAGCGUACAUUGAAGAAGCAGCAAUUUUCCAAUACAGUCAAACGUUGCAAACAGUUGCCCAUCAAUCAGCGUGUCUGGCGCAAAAUAAUUGUGUUGCCAAAGGCAAAGAUACCGUUACCCCGCCUUUUUUGCACAGAUCGAAAAACGGGACUACCCGUUGGCUACGAGCGCAGGGUAUCGCGCAUAAUGCACUAUGUGAACCCCCAAUUAUCGAAGAGUCCCUGUACCGAACAUCUCAUGGAGAAACUGCUCGCGGGCACACUAACUGACUUUCUGGAGAGCUGUUGCUGCACUUCGAGUUGCCCGCAAUAUCUUAAUAAUCAAUUGCGCUCCAUUUUGAAGGGCAGCAAAUUCAGUCAACAAGAUGAGUGCAUUUAUAGGGACGAAUUGAGUCAGUUUCACUGUGCCUGCAAACGUGGAUCAGUUAUUCCAGAGCCACCGUCUCCCACCUAUAAGAGCAAAUUUAAUUACAACAGCCUUAUGAUAUAUAGCCAUUAACCCAAAUGAACCCAAACACCGCUGGCUGGAUUAGAUUGUUAAGCAGCUUCAUUUUAUCAUUAGAAUUAUUCAUGUUAAUUCAUUUUUGAGUGCACUUUUUGUUUGUUAUUAU